UAUGGACUAUUAUUGUCAGGACGGGACAGCUCAGGAUUUGAUUCUUCACAUGGAAAAUAUGAAUCAUAUUUAUCCAGGCUACAGCAAUACUUGAAUAUACAAUUAAAAUUGGAUAAUGUUGAGAUAAUUGUCUGAUGAAAUAAACAUCUAUCUAAUCGAAUCUAAUCAUCGGAUAUACUGGUUACUACUGUAUCCCAUCUCAAGUGGACUGGGGACUCAUUUUUGGAUACAUUUUGGAUCGCAAAUGUGACUGACCAUUCAUCAACUGACAUCAAUAACAGCCAAUUAGCCAGCAACCAAAAGUAGAUGAGAUGGAGCACUCAGGUGGUUUGUACAGCUCUGUGUACGAGCCAAAUGGGCAUGCCGCCUGGGCAGACGACCAGCAGCAUCAGGACAAGGAGACAGCGGACAACCUCAGGAGGAAGAUCAAGUACUUCUUCAUGAACCCCUGUGAGAAAUACAAAGCCCGCGGACGUAAACCAUGGAAACUGAUGCUCCAGAUCAUCAAGAUCGCCAUCAUUACCAUCCAGUUGGUGUCUUUUGGACUGAGCAAUCAGAUGGUGGUAACCUUCAAAGAGGAGAACCUCAUGACAUUCAAGCAUCUCUUCCUCAAAGAUUACGUGGAUAGCCGUGGGGACUCUUAUGCUGUGUACAGGCAGGAUGAGGUGUAUGAACACAUCUCUUACAUAGUCGAUAAGUAUUCCCGUCUGCGAAAUAUCACCGUUGGUAACCAUGCCUAUGAGAAGAAGGGGGACACCUAUUCCCCUCUGUCUCUGUGCCAAGAGUUCUACAGGAAUGGAAGCAUUUCACCAGCCAAUGAGACCUUUGAUAUAGACGCACAGAUUGAAACUGAAUGCCUUGAGAUUGUUCCAGUAUUCCCCAUGGGAAGCACAACCGAGGAUGAUCUGUUGAAUUUCGUUGUGCAUUUCAAAAGAUUGUUAAAUGUGAAGAUCAAGUUCACUCUGAAGGCCAUAAACCUACAAACAGUUAGAAACAGAGAGCUGCCAAACUGCUAUGACUUUGAUGUCACGAUCACCUUCAACAACCAAGCCCACAGUGGCAGAAUAAAGGUCGACCUGGACAAUGACGUUGACAUAAAUGAAUGUAGAGACUGGAAAGUAACCGGGGCCUCUCCCAAGAACAUAUAUUACCCACUGCUGUUUGACUGUCUCAUCAUUGUAACCUGCAUCACCUCUCUGGCCCUCUGCACACGCUCUGUGCUCAACGGGAUACGGCUACAGUUUGAGUACACAGACUUCUGCCUAGUCCGUCAGGGGAAGAAGGUUCCAUGGUCCGAUAGGCUGGAGUUUCUGAACGGCUGGUAUAUCCUCAUCAUCGCCAGUGAUACACUCACAAUCAUCGGUUCCAUUCUUAAAAUAGAAAUCCAGACAAAGAUUCUCACCAGUUAUGAUGUCUGCAGCAUCUUUCUCGGAACAGGCACAAUGCUUGUUUGGAUCGGAGUCAUACGCUACAUGGGAUACUUCAAGAAGUACAAUAUUCUCAUCCUGACCCUGAGAGCAGCUUUCCCAAAUGUGGUUCGGUUCAUCGGUUGUGCCGGAAUCAUUUACCUGGGGUACUGUUUCUGUGGCUGGAUCGUGCUCGGGCCCUACCAUGAGAAGUUCCGGACCCUGAACACAGUAUCAGAGUGCCUGUUCUCACUGAUCAACGGAGAUGACAUGUAUCCCACCUUCAAGUACAUGAAGCAGAAGAGUUACCUGGUGUGGCUGUUCAGCAGAGUCUACCUCUACACCUUCGUCUCGCUCUUCAUCUACAUGAUUCUCAGCCUCUUCAUCACCCUUAUCACUGAUACCUAUGACACCAUCAAGCAACAGCAGCAGGAAGGGAGCCCAGUGUCGGAGCUGCAUUGUUUCAUGUCUGAGUGUAAAGAUCUGCCCACCUCAGGACGCUACCGGGUGGAGGGGGAGUCUGGCUCCUUCACCUGCUGCUUCCCCAGAUGCAAGGACUCACGAGAAAGGCUGAGCUCUGAAUCAAUAGACUCUGAGCCAUAGUGGACCUUUUAUCGGUCUGAGGUUAGUAAGAAACCUUACACACAACCAUGACCAGCACUUUACUGUACAGUUUAGCCCAGCAAAACAUUGUCCUGUUCUUCUAGACCUGUUUUAAUCUUAUUCACCAGUUAACUUGAUGCAGUAGCAAUUGAGCCUGGGGUUGAGGUUAGACCUGCUAUGAAUUGUCACUGUGUAAGAUGCCUGUUAAUGUACUACAGUUGAUGACCACAAUGAUAUGUACUGAUGAAUGUUGAUUAUUUGAAUGUACUGUAAAUAUCAAAACAUGGGAUGGCAACAUUAAUAAAAUGAAUAGCACAACAAAGUUGCUAUUCCCUAAAUGUACAUUUCCCUAAGCCCAGUAGAUUGCAACAUUUUAGUUGGAUUCCUAAAGGGCAGUUGGCAUCUAAUCACGAGCAAGGGUUGAAUUGGAGUGGACACGGAAAUGCAAAUAAUUCUUUGUUAAAAUGAGGCUUUAUUUCCUCAAGGUGGGCAUACACCAGAAGUAGAAAACGGACCUGUACAAUUUAUUUUACUAAUUUCUUAACUUCCAUCAACAUAAGCUUAGAAAAUAAAAAUGCAAUUAAAACAAGUUUAACUAUGAAAAAUCA